AUGUCGAACGAACACCUAGAGAACCCGUUCGUGGAGGCCCUCAAUUCUGAGGCGCUCGGUGAACUGCUACAGAACGAGGAUAAACGCUCGCUGGCGCAGCAAUUCCAAGAAAACCUGCGCACCCUCUCGGACAUGUUCGUUAACCUGUCGGACGACGAGAAGCGCCAGUUUGCGAAAGAUUUUAAGGGCAAGUUUGUGAAGUCGCUGGCGCAUCUGAACGAGUUCUCCAAACAGAAGAAAAUCGUUCAAAGCGCAGUCACCGGACAGUCGGACGAGGCGGAGUUCGAUGGGAUGUGGUACGGUAUUUUGGCCGGUGUAUUUGUACUCGUGAUUGCAUUCUUCGGCUACAAACUGUACCUGUCGCUCACGGAGAAGGAACGCAAGCGCGAAGAAAAACUGAAGGCGAAGCAGGAGAAGAGCAAAAAGAAAAAAUGAUUUCCCACCGCCAGCGGUACCACUUCCACUGGUGGUAGCUGUCUGCCCGACGAUGCCGGCGGAAACAUACCAACAGGUCGCCCACAUCAUCACCCGAGACAACAGCGUCACCACCAGCCGCAAUCCGUACAGCACAAACAUUCCAGAGGAAAAAGACUUGGCAAGGCCUAGCGAGAUGAUCGAACACAUAUUAAUACACCCACACGCAGCAUAACAAUUACGUAUAGCGCAGUGAAAAGGACACGAUAUUUAUCGUUCACAUCGUUAAUCCCUUCGCAAACAGACGCGUAUAUGUAUAUUUACCGUAGGGCGAUAGCAGCACUAGCGUUCCUGCCCAGAGGACAAGUUCCGAGUUCCAUUAGCUUUUCCCCUGUCCCUGUGUUACUUCGAUUAGCUUGAAAUUUAUAACGAGAUCCCUGUAGCAAACGUCCACCUAUAGGAUGUAAGAGACCGUCCUUUUCCUUCUUCCUUUUGCGACGUAAUAAUGUUGCCAGCUUUAUGUUUGCUGCGCCUUUAUCUGAAAGGCCAGCGUAGGGAAUAUAUAGAUAUACUAGAAAGUAGCUGCCCCUGCGUUUACCAUUCCGGUCCCCCAUUGAUCUUCCUCCCAUUUGUCAGUACAACAGUAGCCAACAUUCGAAGGGAUGGUAGGAAAAAAACAAUCAAAUGUUUUGUAGUAAGAUUUAGAGCAGGACGGUAUUUCACAUCAAUAGGCUGACGGUGAAGAACAGGCGUGUAUGGAUGCAAUGCAAUCGAGAGGUUAUUUUUCCACGUUUAUGUGCAAGAUUAUAUUUUAUAAAAGAUGGUUAUCU